GUAUUUCUCCAGAGGAAAUUCUGGCCCCUUAGAAUCUUGGAGCCCCACGAAGAUGUCGGAUAGCGAAGACAGCAACUUCUCCGAGGAUGAGAGCGAGCGGAGUAGUGAGGCGGAGGAGGUAGAGGAGAACGAGGCAGAGGAGGAGCAUGCCAGUGUCGGAGGCAGUGAAAAGGAAGAGGCUGAAGAGGAGGAGGAGGAGGAGGAGGAAGAAUACGAUGAAGAGGAAGAGGAGGAUGAUGAUGACCGGCCGCCAAAGAAGCCCAGGCAUGGAGGGUUCAUCUUGGAUGAGGCCGAUGUGGACGAUGAAUAUGAAGACGAGGACCAGUGGGAGGAUGGCGCGGAGGAUAUUCUGGAGAAAGAAGAAAUUGAAGCCUCCAACAUUGAUAAUGUGGUUCUGGAUGAGGAUCGCUCUGGAGCCCGGAGGCUGCAGAACCUUUGGAGGGACCAGCGGGAGGAGGAGCUGGGCGAGUAUUACAUGAAGAAAUACGCCAAGUCCUCGGUGGGAGAGACGGUGUAUGGCGGCUCAGAUGAGCUUUCGGAUGACAUCACUCAGCAGCAGUUACUGCCCGGCGUCAAGGAUCCCAACCUCUGGACUGUGAAGUGUAAGAUCGGAGAGGAGCGUGCCACAGCCAUAGCCCUGAUGAGGAAGUUCAUCGCCUACCAGUUCACAGACACGCCCCUGCAAAUCAAGUCUGUGGUGGCCCCUGAGCACGUGAAGGGUUACAUCUAUGUGGAAGCCUACAAGCAGACCCACGUGAAGCAGGCCAUCGAGGGAGUGGGCAACCUGCGGAUGGGCUACUGGAACCAGCAGAUGGUGCCCAUCAAGGAGAUGACGGAUGUGCUGAAGGUGGUGAAGGAGGUGACCAACCUGAAGCCCAAGUCAUGGGUCCGGCUGAAGAGAGGAAUUUAUAAGGAUGACAUUGCUCAGGUGGAUUACGUCGAGCCAAGUCAGAACCAGAUCUCUCUGAAGAUGAUUCCACGGAUCGAUUUUGACCGGAUCAAAGCACGCAUGAGCCUGAAAGACUGGUUCGCCAAGCGGAAGAAGUUCAAAAGGCCCCCCCAGCGGCUCUUUGAUGCUGAAAAGAUCCGCUCAUUGGGGGGAGAUGUUGCUUCCGAUGGCGAUUUCCUCAUCUUUGAAGGCAAUCGUUACAGUCGCAAGGGCUUCCUCUUCAAGAGCUUUGCCAUGUCGGCAGUGAUCACGGAGGGAGUGAAGCCCACCCUGUCUGAGCUGGAGAAGUUUGAGGACCAGCCGGAAGGCAUCGACCUGGAGGUGGUUACCGAAAGCACGGGGAAGGAACGGGAGCACAACUUCCAACCUGGCGACAACGUGGAGGUGUGCGAGGGGGAGCUGAUCAACUUGCAGGGCAAGAUCCUGAGUGUGGAUGGCAACAAAAUCACCAUCAUGCCCAAGCACGAGGAUCUCAAGGACAUGCUGGAGUUCCCGGCUCAAGAGCUGCGCAAGUACUUCAAGAUGGGCGACCACGUCAAGGUGAUCGCGGGACGGUUCGAGGGCGACACGGGGUUGAUUGUGCGGGUGGAGGAGAACUUUGUCAUCCUCUUCUCGGACCUCACCAUGCACGAGCUCAAGGUGCUGCCUCGGGACUUGCAGCUCUGCUCCGAGACAGCCUCUGGCGUGGACGUGGGCGGGCAGCACGAGUGGGGAGAGCUGGUUCAGCUGGAUCCCCAGACUGUCGGGGUUAUCGUCCGCCUGGAGCGGGAAACCUUCCAGGUCCUGAACAUGUACGGCAAAGUGGUGACCGUCAGGCACCAGGCUGUGACGCGGAAGAAGGACAAUCGCUUCGCUGUGGCCCUGGACUCCGAGCAGAACAACAUUCACGUCAAGGACAUCGUUAAAGUCAUCGAUGGGCCACACUCGGGUCGUGAGGGGGAGAUCAGGCACCUCUUCCGCGGCUUUGGAUUCCUGCACUGCAAGAAGCUGGUGGAGAAUGGGGGCAUGUUUGUGUGCAAGACUCGCCACCUGGUGCUGGCUGGGGGCUCCAAGCCCCGGGAUGUCACCAACUUCACCGUCGGAGGCUUUGCCCCCAUGAGUCCUCGGAUCAGCAGCCCCAUGCACCCCAGUGCGGCAGGUCAGCGAGGUGGCUUUGGCGGAGGUGGGAUGAGCCGGGGCCGUGGGCGCAGGGACAAUGACCUGAUUGGACAGACGGUGCGGAUCUCCCAAGGACCUUACAAAGGCUACAUCGGGGUGGUUAAGGAUGCCACGGAGUCCACGGCCCGGGUGGAGCUCCAUUCCACCUGCCAGACCAUCUCAGUGGAUCGCCAGCGCCUCACAACCGUGGGUUCGAGGAGACCCGGCGGCCUCCCAAGGUUGGGGGACUCCCUGGGAACAGGGCUACCCCCUACAGUCAGUCAGCUCUGUGCUGUGUCCUGCACAGCUGGGCCUGCCAUGGGGAGCCCCACAGACCUGCUCCAGAACCUGGCAAGGGACGGGAUGGAAGCAGGGUGCGGCGCGCUCGGGGCUCUUUCAGGCAGCAGGACCCCACACUAUGGCUCUCAGACGCCGCUGCACGAUGGCAGCCGGACGCCUGCGCAGAGCGGGGCUUGGGAUCCCAACAACCCCAACACACCCUCCAGGGCGGAGGAGGAGUUUGAAUACGGCUUCGAUGACGAGCCCACGCCCUCUCCGCAAGGCUACGGAGGGACCCCCAAUCCUCAGACUCCCGGCUACCCCGACCCUUCGUCUCCACAGGUCAAUCCGCCCUACAAUCCGCAGACGCCGGGGACCCCAGCCAUGUACAACACCGACCAGUUUUCUCCGUACGCUGUUCCGUCUCCUCAGGGCUCCUAUCAGCCAAGCCCCAGCCCGCAGAGUUACCACCAGGUGGCACCUAGCCCUGUAGGCUACCAGAACACCCACUCACCCGCCAGUUACCACCCGACCCCGUCGCCCAUGGCGUAUCAGGCCAGCCCCAGCCCCAGCCCUGUGGGCUACAGCCCCAUGACGCCAGGAGCUCCUUCUCCAGGGGGCUACAACCCUCACACCCCUGGCUCAGGCAUUGAGCAGAACUGCAGUGACUGGGUCACCACUGACAUCCAGGUCAAAGUCCGAGAUACCUACGUGGACAGCCAGGUGGUGGGGCAGACCGGAGUCAUCCGCAGCGUGACGGGCGGAAUGUGCUCAGUUUACCUGAAGGACAGCGAGAAGGUGGUCAGCAUUUCAAGUGAGCACCUGGAACCUGUCAUACCGACCAAAAACAAUAAGGUGAAGGUGAUCCUGGGGGAGGACCGGGAGGCGACGGGCGUCCUCUUGAGUAUCGACGGAGAGGACGGCAUUGUCCGCAUGGACCUGGAGGAGCAGCUCAAGAUCCUGAACUUGCGGUUCCUGGGCAAGCUGCUGGAGCCAUAGGGCUGGCGGCCUUUUUAGCAGUUGACCAGAGAAUGGCUCAACGUGUCCUUGUACAGAGUUUGGGGGAGGAGGGAGGCUGCUGCUUUUUGUUUUCUUUCCAAACCAGCCAGUGGUCGUGGGGAGGGAGGUGUUUUUAUUUGUAAUGCUGCAGUUAGGUCUCAUGAGCAAAUUGGGACUGGAGUAGGAAAACCAGUGUGCACGCGCGUGGGGGAGGGCAGGGGGAGAGGCGAGGGUUGUCCCGUUGCACUGAACGCGCUUCAUCUCCUUCUCGCAAAGGAAACCUACUUGCUGUGCCUGUGUUUCAAUAAAAUCCAUCUGUUCUAUGCUCCCUGCA